GUGAAGACAAUGCUUGAUUCCCGGGCAUCAGAAAGGCUAAACUAAUCAGAUGAUUAGGUUUGGCAUGAAAGGAUUCAACUCGGAGCAGAUAAUUACUUGGAAUGAAUUAUCUUGGGAAGAGCUAUGGGAUUGGACACUGACCAUAGGGUGGUUCAAGGGGCGGGUCAUUUGGAUUCCUUAUUAAGGACAGAGCCCAGGCCCUUCCUCACUCUUUCCAAGUCUCUGGCCAACACGUUGCUUGGACUUGCCCCUCUUCUGAAUCUGGUCAGAGCAGAGCAUGGACAUGGGAACAGGCACUGUCACCGAGAAGCCGUGGUGGACCCUGCCCGAAAACUUUGAUGCUCCAAUGGUGUUCCACAUGGAAGCGGACCAGGAGGAGCUUAUCUUCGGGCACAGUGACACAUACCUUCGCUGCAUCGAGAUGAACAGCCGCACCCUUAUUCAGCUGGAGAGCUGGUUCACAGCUACAGGCCAGACUCGUGUGACUGUAGUGGGACCACACAGGGCCAGGCAGUGGCUGCUGCACAUGUUCUGUUGCGUGGGGAGCCGGGACCCCUAUCGCCAUGCUCGAGGUAGGUAUCCUCGGCUGAACUGCGGCGGUGGAGGGGCUUGAUGGUGGAGUUCUGGCUGAGUUGUGUGGCAUACUGGAUUCUUGAAGAAUCCCUUGUGUGGCUGGGGAAUCCAGGUGCUUCCCAGAGUCCACUGGGAAAGGAAGGGCUCACUUUUGUGGCCAGGUAGCCGGGAGGUGUAAAUGGG